AAGACGGACCGGGUGAAGCAGUGAGGAAGUGAGAAGCCAAACUUUCGUUUCCCCCGUGAAACUUUUUUAUUUUUACCUACAGUAGAAGCCUGUGCUUCAGAAAGGGGAAGAAACAAAUAACCGAGACUAGAAGCAGCGGAAGGUUUCCGCCUGUCAGCGGCUGGCAGGUGGACUCUGCUCACUCUUCAGGAGACUCUCCAGACCCACAAGAAUUCUGCGACUGGGAAACACAGCAACAAUACUUUGUUUCUUUGUUUGUUGAAAAUAUUCCAGAUGGAGGGAACUGAGGAAGAUCAGCUCAUUGAAGAGGCCGAGCACAUUGUAGCGCCUCCCAAUGGUGGUGUGAAUGAACUGCAUGAUGUGGGACAGGAGGACAACAUGCAGGGAGAGAUGGAGGAGUUUCUAGGCCCACAGGCACAGUACAACGAGGAGGAGGAGGAGAGGAAGUACUAUAGAAGGAAGAGGCUGGGAGUCAUCAAGAAUGUUGUGGCCAGCAGCAUUGGAGCUAUGAUUGUGUACAGUGUUUAUAUGGGUCUUUUGCAGAUGCAGUUGACCCUUCAUUAUGACAUGACAUACCGUGAGGUGAAGUACAGCAACCUUGGACUUGAGGACAUCGAUCGGAAGAUGCUGAUGGGAAUUAAUGUGACCCCUAUCAUCGGCCUCCUUUACACCCCCGUACUCAUCAGGUUUCUAGGUACUAAAUGGAUGAUGUUUCUAGCGUCAGGAAUCUAUGCGCUGUUCGUCUCAACCAACUACUGGGAGCGGUACUACACGUUAGUGCCUUCAGCUGUAGCCAUCGGUGUGGCUAUCGUACCUUUUUGGGCUUCUCUGGGAAGUUAUAUCACAAGGAUGGCCCAGCAGUACUAUGAGUACGCCAACUACAAGGAGGAACAUGUGCAGGAGCAGAGAAAGCUUCCAAAGGGGGCGUGUCACAGCUAUGUCAUCGUCUUCCAGUCAGUUUUCUUCUUCAUCUUCAGUCUGAGUUUCGUCUUCGCUGAGUUCCCCAUGCGUCUCGUCCUCCAUGACCACCUGCAUGAAAACCCACACAUCCUCUUCAAUGUGAAGACAUGCGGCGCUGCAAUCAGAGGUAUCAUCCCAGGCUUCAACAGCACAGUGCUGACCAACCUGCCGCGCUCCAUGUUGCUCAUCGAGGUGGAGAGCAUCUUGAUGGGCUUCGCCUUCCUCUCCAUGAUUAUCUUCCUGUUGCUCUGUGGCCCUGCCUACCGGCCAACAGAGGAAAUCGACCUCCGCAGCAUCGGCUGGGGGAACAUCUUCCAACUUCCUUUUAAACACCUGAGGGAUUAUCGCCUGCGGCUGCUCUGCCCCUUUUUCAUCUACAGCGGACUGGAAAUGCUGUUCGUUAUCAGCGGGUUCUCACUGUCCUAUGGGGUCUGUAUUCUGGGCCUAAAGAGCCUCUGGAUCCUGAUCGUGGUCUACGGCCUCUCCUGCUCCGUAUUCUCCCUCCUCUCUCUCAGCCUCCUACGCCUACCACGAUGGGUGUGUCUAAUGGGGGGCGCUGUGGUGCACGGGAUCCUGCUGGUGGUCCUCCUCGCUCUGUCUGUUAAGCCUAAUUCACCAGAGUAUCUGGGCCCCCUGCUGGUGAUCAUGGUGCUUUGGGGACUCGGCAGCGCCCUGAACAAAGCAGGUGUCAGCACUGUCAUCGGCAUAUUGUACGCUGAGGAAAAAGAACGUCUGGAUUUCGUUUACACCAUCUAUCACUGGUGGCAGGCCAUCGCCAUCUUUGUUGUCUAUCUUUGGUCUCAGAUGCCCAUGAGGGCUAAACUGUCCAUCCUGCUGGCCACUUUGUUGUUGGCGUGCUAUUGUUAUUGGGUGAUGGAGCGUCGCGUGGCACAGAAAGUGCAGCACAGGAUGCCCCGAAUCCCACGGCCACGCCACAAGGUGAAAGGCUACCGCUACCUGGAAGAGGACAACUCUGAUGAGUCAGAUUCAGACAGAAGCGAGAAGGAUGACGAGGAGGAGGAGGGAGAGAGGGCGGAGGAGGAUGAUCAUGUUGUGGAGGAGAUGGGAGCAGGGGACAGGGAGGAAGAAGGCCAAGAUGCCAGAGCUGAGGGAGCUGACUCGCCUGGAGCCCAGAGGAGAGAGGCCGAGGGUCAAGGUGUCCAUGUGGAGGAAGAAGGGAGGGAGAUGUGAUGAAAUGAAAGAAGAAAAGAGGAGAGGUAGUGGACAAAUAUCCGGUACAUAUGGAUGCUCUGUCCAUCAGAAUAUGAAUGGCUUCCUUUAUAGAAUUCAGAGCGAGGAGGGAGCAAGGUCUGGCAUACUCCUCAACUUUUUAUGCUUCUACCACCAUGUUGAAAUAUUGUGGUGCUUUGUUUAUACUAUUAUGUCAUACUUCAGGUUGGUCUGUUACAUAAAACUGCAAUGAAACACAUUACAGGUUGUGGUUCAUGAAUCCUGGGUAAUUUUAUAUAUUAAAAAAUCAAUUUAUUGAGGUUCUGCAGAUAAUCGUUUUGGUUACUUUAUAAAUGAAAUCCUGUUUUUGACUUUAUAAGCAAGGGUUAAUAUUUUGUCUUAAAAUGACAUAUCUGUGCAUCUUUAGCCAUAAAUCAAGGAUAUGGUUCACAGAACCAAACCUAUCAUUUCCAGCUAUAAAUCUCUCUUUUUCUUGUAAAGGUUAGAAAAACCUGUGAAAAAGCUUUUAGUGAAUCAUCACUAGAAUCAGUAAAACAACACCCAAAUUGUUUUUUAUUACAAAUACAUUGUUUAAACAAUUUUAUGUAAAGAGAGUUCCUUCAAAAUAUAUUCGUUUUAUGUAUUUUAAAAUGUUUAUGUGAGACGGUAUUUCUUGUUAACAUGUUCUGUUUAUAAUUCUUCACACACUGAACAAGGCAACAAUUUAGAACACAAUGCUUCUAUUCUAUCUGCUCAGUUUGUGCUACACGUUCACCAGAUCUGUCGAUAAAAAAAAAAAAAAAAAAAAAAAAACAUUUUUUGUGUUGCUUCUGCAGAGCAUUUGUCUGCAAAGAAAGAUCUGAAAGAGACAGAAAUGAAGAAUUAAAAAUAGGGAAUAAAGCUGAGAACUGUGUUUCAAUAGUAAUUAUCAGAAAGCCUGCUUUACCCUGCUGAAUGUGAAUAGAUCUUUUUUUUGCUCUUUUGUAUAAAGACAAAGAAAACACGAUGGAGCUAAAUCUCAUUUUACUGAGGAUAAUAGGGAUGAUUAUGAAUAUAUGCUUUUAUUUAGUACAAUUCAGUUUGUAGCAGAUUGGAAGGUCAUUCAGAGAGGAUGGCUGCAGGGUCAGUGCAGAGAAAAGAUGUUAGUUCUAGCUAACAUCACAUGACUGUUCAAAGUUUGCCUUAUGAAAUGUUGUGUCUGUCUAGAGUUUGGGGAUUAUGUGUAUGAACUUUGCAUGAGGUAGAUGUUCUCUAUUCUUCUUAAUGUUGUCUGCCAGGCUGCAACAGACAGACAAGGAAGCCCGCAUACUAACUUCUCACUGGUCUCUUAUGAAUAUUUAAUUCCUUCCCUUCUUUGGUAUAUUAGCUUUUUAUUGACUGUUGGUCAAAACAAACCCACUGUCAUUCUGUUAGGAAUGUUUUUAUUCUCACCCUGCAAAAACUUUAAUCCUCACUGAGAGAUUCUUCCCAUAACAGUGCUUGGUUAGUAUGUGUUUUUAUGCAACAUCAACUUUUCAAUGUCUGGCUAGAGCUGACCCUAACUUAUCAUAUAACAGUUCAUUUUCUGCAGAGGUUUUGAGUCUGGGUAAGGCGGGUCUUGCAGGAAAGUCUGACGCUGAUACACAAAUAUAUGCAUUCCAAACAAAAUUUCCUAACACCUUCAUGAUGCUGUUGUUCAACCUUCAUCAUUUCUCAAGUUGUAAAACAAAAGAAAGAAAGGAUAAAACGGAUUUAAUUCUGUGUGCUGUGGUCUUUACUGUUCUCAGCACAGAGGGGGGUGGCAAGUCACACCUGUAGGAGCGGGUUGCCGUGUGGAGCCAGAUGGCUGUAAAGGCGGGAGCAGAGUAGAGAAGAGAGGUCUCACAGGUGGUCCAUGAGCCAAAACUGCAUCCUCUUCUCUGGUCAUCAUGUCAAGAUCAAACAUGGACACUGGUUCCCAAUGUCCAAACCCACGAUCAUGGAAUAUAGCACAACACUACCUUUACUGAAUUCACAGCUUCAUCUUAUUUCAUCCAUUUUUCUAAAGGCAUCUUUUUUCUUCCCAAAUAGAGUUGAAUUUCCAUUUUGCUCCUGUUAACUCCUCGAAUGUUUGCUGAAAUGUUAGCCUUACAUUAGCGUAUAAAGUCUCUUUGGAUAUCACCUGUAUAUACAGUGGCUUGGCUAACUACAUACUUUAGUGUGCUUCCAGAAAAAGCUGUUCUACUUACUUUUGAACACUUUGCAUGGAUUGUUCCUUAUUCAGCUACUGAUGUUUCAACUUCAGCUCUCUCCCAGCAACACAACCUGUGUAUUGUCAAUAGCCUGAGGCGUAGCUCACACAAAGGCA